CGUUAUUCGCCUGAUCACAAUCCCGUAGCAGAGGCUCCGGUAGGUUAGCUUGAGCUCGUCCCCGGUUGUCGCUGUGUGAAAGCGGUGACAGCAGAAAACAGAGUUCCACCCCGGCCUGUGCACUCAACAGAAUCGCCAACAUGUUCGAGGAGGCGAGUGAGGUGUUCGACAACAUGUUCAAGUCGUCGUUUCCCCUCACCUUCAUCGUGUUUAUCCCCGCGGUGCUCAUCCUGGUGUCACCGCUCCCGGCCGAGGCGGCACAUGAGUUCACGGUGUACCGCAUGCAGCAGUACGACCUGCAGGGACAGCCUUACGGUACCAGGAACGCCAUCCUGAACACCGAGGCUCGUACUGUGGAGGCAGAGGUACUAAGUCGUCGCUGUGUUAUCAUGCGACUGGCGGACUUCUCCUACGACAAGUACCAGAAAGCCCUGCGCCAGUCGGCGGGAGCUGUGGUCAUCACGCUGCCCAAGAACAUGUCUGCUAUGCCCCAGGACAUAGUGCAGCAGUUUAUGGAGCUGGAGCCAGAGAUGUUAGCAACUGAGACCAUCGUCCCCGUGUACUUUGCCAUGGAGGACGAUGAGCUGCUGUCCAUCUACACCCAGACCCUGACCUCGUCCUCCUCACAGGGCUCCUUGUCAGCUGCUGAAGUGCUGCUGCACACGGCCACAGCAAAUGGCUUCCAGAUGGUCACCAGUGGAGCUCAGAGCAAAGCAGUCAAUGACUGGGCCAUCACCAGUUUAGAGGGUCGUUUGGCUGGAGUGGGAGGAGAGGACCUGCCCACUAUCGUGAUAGUGUCCCACUACGACUCGUUUGGUGUUGCUCCAUGGCUGUCGUACGGCGCCGACUCGAACGGCAGUGGAGUGUCCAUGUUACUAGAGCUGGCUCGUCUCUUCUCGAAGCUCUACACCUACAAGAGGACACACGCUGGGUACAACCUGCUGUUCUUUGUGUCGGGUGGAGGCAAGUUUAAUUAUCAGGGCACCAAACGUUGGCUGGAGGAGAAUUUGGAUCACACAGACUCCAGUCUGCUGCAGGACAACGUGGCCUUCGUGUUGUGUCUGGACACUCUGGGGAACGGAGACUCCAUGCACCUCCAUGUGUCCAAACCUCCUAAAGAGGGAACUCCACAGUAUUCUCUGCUCAAAGAGCUGGAGACGGUGGUGAACAGUCAGUACCCGGAGGUCAAGUUCUCCAUGGUCCACAAGAAAAUCAACCUGGCCGACGACAUGCUGGCCUGGGAGCACGAGCGCUUCGGGAUCCGCCGGCUGCCGGCCUUCACCCUGUCGCACCUGGCCUCGCACCGCCUGGCUGAGCGCUCCAGCAUCAUGGACUCGCGGCCACACGUCGAUGUAAAUAAACUUAGCAGGAACACCAAGGUGGUAGCAGAGGCACUGGCCAGGGUCAUCUACAACCUCACAGAGAAGGGGGCCCCUGGAGACCUGCAGAUCUUCACCGAACAAAUGCAGGUUCAGGAGGAGCAGUUAUCGGCGGUGGUGGACUGGCUCACGGCGCAGCCACGUGCCGCUCAGCUGCUGGACAAAGACAGCAGCGUGGUGUCCACCCUGGAGUAUCACCUCGGACGUUACCUCAAGGACGUCAAGAGACACUAUGUCAAAGCUGACAAAAGGGAUCCAGAGUUUGUUUUCUAUGACCAGCUCAAACAAACGAUGAAUGCUUACAGAGUGAAGCCUGCUAUCUUUGACCUGCUGCUGGCUGUCUGCAUCGCAGCCUACUUAGGGGUGAUGUACCUAGCCAUCCUGAAUUUCGGAGUCCUCUACAGCGUCGUCCGCAGAAUCACUCAACCCAAGGCGAAGGUCCACUAAUCCAACACACACCCGCCUCGUCCCUGUCCCUGACCCCCCCCCCCCUGUCUGAUCCAUGAAACUCAAGCCAGUAAGAACACAGGCGCUGGGCCGAGCUGCCGUUCUCGCAGCGGUUUUCCAACCAGCAGAAUCACUUCCCACGUCCUUAAUCCUGAUCCACAAACUAUGAUGUCAGAUCCUGUCCUGCUGCCAACUUAAUCCCUUUUCUGUUUUAAGGACCAGAAUAAUCAGGAAUCAUUCUUCUCUCCGCAGAUGUCUCGUCUUUCUUUUCUGAUAACACCAAGCGUCGGAAAUAUUCCACUAUUUGACUCUUUUUGUUCGAUUUAAAUUCACGUGUUCACACCUCAGAGGUGUAAGAUGCCAUGAAGUGAGAUUUUGUGACGCUACCACACGAGGUCAAGUUGCAUGUUUACUCAGCGACUGGAGGUCAAAUGUGAGAGUUUAGCCCAGAAUUGAUUUUGUUCAGAGACGUGUUGAUCAACCACUUUUUUUAAGGACAAGACAAUUCUCCUAAUUACUAAUUCCUGUCGAGGCCGCCCGUCUCCCCGUGUUUUUUACAUCGAUUGAUUGAUCUCUUGCUUCCACAUCUCUUCAUAGUCAGUAAGGACAUGAGGAUCAAGUCACUAAGAAUGUAGAUAUAGGUCUGCGAGUGCUGCAAUGAGCAGAUGAGAAAAUGACUCUGAAAAUACAAGUUUACGGAGAAGACGAGUUGUCUAUAACUAAAAUGUGAAGUAGGAUUUAUUUAAUCUUGAUGGUAGUGAGUAAAUUCAAAUUAAAACAAAGCUGAAUGGGAAAGAAA